AUGUUGAGACAAGUGACACCGGAGAAGGUUAUCCACAUUGUUUGGCUUAGUGCUGCUUUAUCUUUCUGUUGGCCGCUUCCUAUUAGUAGCAGCAGAACUCGAGUCCUUGGUUUCAGAAUUCUACAAAUAAGUGCAAUUAUUAGUGCUUGCAUGUUACUUCUGCCUAUGUUAUAUUCGAUUUAUUUGCACCCUGAUGAUCUGGUCGUUGUUUUUAAAUGUAUGUGCAUGUCAACAGCUUUGUGUCAACUUAUCGUUCAGACUACUAUGUGUUGGAUUAACCAAGACUCUCUACAACGUACAGUUAGAGAAAUGAUGACUUAUGUUAAAGAAACGCAACAGUAUGAAAAGGAAAUUUUCUAUAAAUAUAUCACGAGAUGCGACAUAUUGUGCAUAUGUACCAUAGUAUGUAUGUACGCGACUGCGACUGGUUUUUCAUUGGGACCUGCAAUCUUGCCAAUUUCUUUUCCAGCCGAUGCGGAAUAUCCGUUUCGCGUUAAUUAUACGCCAAUGAAUAUUAUUAUAUAUGCGCAUCAAUCUAUUCUUAGCUACCAAUGCGCUGCACAUAGUUGCGUGAGUAUAUUUGGAGCGCUAUUACUUUGGUUCACAGCCGCAAGAUUCGAAUGUUUGGCUAUGGAAUUAGAGAAAAGUACAACUAUCAAUACGCUAAUUGUUUGCAUUAAAAAGCAAUUAUCUUUAAGGAGAUACGCAGAGGAAGUGCUAAAUAAUUUUCGUAUUAUGGUACUUUUUUCAAUAAUAAUAAGCACACUUGUCUUGACUUUUGGUGGAAUUAUAUUAAUUGUGAAUUCACCACUGCUUCUAAAACUGCAGUUCGUAAUCGUAUCUCUCACUGUACUUACGGAAGUUUUCAUGUACGCAUGGCCUGCUGACCACUUAAGAGAAAUGAGCACAAAUGUUUCACGAAGUGCAUACAACUUGAUAUGGUAUAAACAGACGUUAGAAAUACAAAAGAAUUUACUGAACGUAUUAGUAUUUCAAGAACCAAUAACUUUGUCCGUCAGUUGCGUGUUACCAGAGCUCUCUCUCCGUUAUUAUUGUUCGUAUCUAUCCAAUGCCAUGUCCAUCUUCACCGCUUUGCGUGCCGCGAUAGGAGAUAAUUCUACAUAAGCGUAUCCAGAGUAUUCAUUUUAUCAUAUAAUGAAGUUUUUGUUACGAUCAUGAUUAGCAUCACGAUUACGAUGUAAGUUCCGCAAUUAGUAAAAUGUCAACGCUAUAAUAUCGGUGAUAACUAAGUGUAAUACUUAUAUCAAACUUUGAACUCGUUGCUUAAUACACAAAUAGAUGAAUAAACAGGAAUCACUGUUAGAAAAUGUGACUCUGUAUAUUGUAACAGUUACAUUACUUAUAAUUAGUCACAUGUUUGAUGAUUAGUUAAAAUUCUUAUUCCAUUAUUCGUAAUAUUAUGAUUAAUACAAAGUGUUUGUCGUAACAAUCGGAUACUUCACAUCUGUUAUAACUGAGCGUAUAUGUCGAAGGUUGAUAUAGCAUUUAGUGUGAAGCUUAGGGGAUUACCCUUAGCUGUAAGAGUAGAGGUAGCAGCUGAUAGGGCCGUUUACAUUACAUGAUAUUGUUACAAUGCUCCUGCACCACAUAUAUAUUACAUUUCUUUCAAAUAGUAUAUUGUCGAUGAAUAAAAAUAGUGCAGCUUCCAACAUUGACGCAGUCCACCGUGCCUUCCGGAGGAUGUAUUUAGUGGGACGAUAGUACAUAGUACACUGAUGUUGUGCAGAUUGUGUUUAUCAAAUUAUGUGUAUUAAAUUAUAAUUUGAAUUUUUAUUACUGCUUUGUGAUAGUACCUUCUUUUUGGAUUAUCAUGUGCUAGAAGAUUGAUUUCUGUAUCAAACGCUUUAAGCUUAUUCGUAAAAUUUUGUAGAAAUGAAAUCUAUUUACUUCACGGUACUUACAAGAUAUUAUUAAAGAAAAUGCAUUUUGUAACUACAUAAAUCGUUGUAACUACAUAAAUUUAUUUGUUGUGUAUUAUCAUUAUUGCCGUUAUUCAAGUAAAUGCAAAUAUAUAUCCAGAACCAUUAAAAGAUAACAGGAUACAGUAAAUAUUCUUGAUGAACUGAGUUAUUCUGUUAGCAAAAUGUAAAAUUGCGCUUUUAUAUUUAUAGGGAACAGGGACCAAAAUAAACACUUAACUUUCAUUUCUUGAAAAAUUCUGUUCGAACUUAUAUGUCCGUUUAAGAAAAUAUCUGUUCCUGUGGAGUUGUUACGGAAAGAAAUAUUAUUCGUAGGAACUUCCUUAAAAAGUGUUCUCGAGAUAUUUUAGAUUCCGUUUAAUGAAAAUUUCGUAGAAAUACGUUAUUUUAAGACGUACAUUAAAAAGGGUACCAUGAGAUAUAUAAAAAUACCAAACUAUUAAAUACUAGUUAUAUUUCACGAUAUAAUAUGUUACGCCACGAGGCUUACCACAGGCUGUAUUUUCUAACCGUCGCUCG